AUGUCUUGUAUCUCUCAAUCCUUCCGUGAGAUCGUCGGGAUUCCCCGCUCCUCGGCUUCCCCGCAGGACUCAACCCUCAUCAUUAUCGACGCCCAGAACGAAUACGCCACAGGCGCUCUCAAGACCGAGAACGUUACAGAAACCCGCAAAUCCAUUGCCACACUACUGGAACGUUACCGUCAAGCCGGUAACGGCAAAAACAUCGUGCACGUCGUCCAUGAGGUGCCCGAAGGCGCACCCGUCUUCACGCCAAACACCCCCUUGGCGCAAGAGUUUGAGGAACUCACCCCUAAAGCGGGCGAGAAAGUGGUCACCAAGAGCUUUCCUAGCUCGUUCGCAAAGACUGAUCUGCAUGCCUAUCUGCAAGGUCUAGGCGAUGUAGGAAAGAAAGUCGUGUUGGUUGGCUAUAUGGCGCAUGUCUGUGUCUCCACCACUACCCGAGCGGCUGCUGAGCUUGGAUAUGAUGUGCUGGUCGUGAGGAAUGCAGUUGGUGACAGGGAUAUACCUGGUGUCAAGGCCGAGAAUCUGGUGUCUGUUGUGUUGAGCAACUUAUGCAAUCUGAAACCGCAAGGACUGUUGGAUCAUAUUUACCUCGAAGACUUGCUGUUUGAAAGACCAUCCAGCAAGUACACAGCAUUGCUCUUAUUCGCGCCACUUAGACGCCAAACGAUGCGGUUAGGCAUGGCUUUGAAAUACACGAACGCUGUUCAACGGUGUCUUUAUCUACAUAACUGCGUAACUAUGAAGGAGACAAAAGAAAUACUCGCACCCGAGCUCGAUGCACUCACGACAUUCGACGACCAUCUGAUUCUCUUCGAAGCCGAGAUGUCGCUCCAGUACGAUGAGUUCUUCCGUGAAGGACUCGACAACAACAAUGCCGCCCCACGGGCAGGCAUAGUACUGCGCUCUUCCGCCCAAUGGAGGACGUGGUUCAGCCAGAUCAAGGCUUCCGCACAGAGCAAUGACAUCUGGGAGUAUAUCAACCCUGACGAUACCAUUCCAACGCCGAUGCCAAAGAAGCCACGAAAACCGGUCCCUAGUGACGCCCAGGACGGUGCUAUCACCGUCAGAGAGCUCACCGAAGAGGCUGACAACUGGCUUCAGCGCCAGUUAAAACACCACGACCGUGAUAUGCUAGAGUAUAGCGUCGUAAAGCGAAGUCUCGACUGA